UCUUCUGGGUGUGGUUUUGCAGCGGGGGUACCGUUAGCAGGAAAUCAAGCUCCCAGUCCAUUUUAGUAAGAGGCGAAACAAAGAAAAACACUUUUCGAGCGGGGGGACUGAAAUAGCUCUUCUUAGUCAGAUAAGAAAAAGCGGUUGUUUCCUGCAUACGACUGGCGUUUUUCUUUUUGGACGCCGUUUGUCUCUGAUGGGAAAAAGUUUUUCAUACUAGUCAUCUGGUUUACGACUUAAAUCUGAGCCGGGCGUAGAGGAAAAGAUGCCGAAAACAAUUAGUGUGAAAGUCACCACAAUGGACGCUGAGCUGGAGUUUGCCAUUCAGCCCAACACAACGGGGAAGCAGCUCUUUGACCAGGUUGUGAAGACCAUUGGACUGCGAGAAGUUUGGUAUUUUGGACUUCAGUACCAAGAUACAAAGGGCUUCUCAACAUGGCUAAAGCUCAAUAAGAAGGUGACAGCUCAGGAUGUGCGGAAGGAAAGCCCGAUGCUGUUUAAGUUCCGAGCCAAGUUCUUCCCAGAGGAUGUGUCAGAGGAGUUAAUCCAGGAUGCCACGCAGCGGCUUUUCUUCCUGCAGGUGAAGGAGGCGAUCCUAAGUGACGACAUCUACUGCCCCCCAGAGACGGCGGUGCUCCUCGCCUCUUACGCUGUGCAAGCUAAGUUCGCUGACUACAACAAAGAAGUCCACACGACGGGCUAUCUGAACGGAGAGCAGCUGCUGCCUCAGAGAGUUCUGGAUCAGCACAAACUUAACAAGGAGCAGUGGGAGGAAAGGAUUCAAGUGUGGCAUGAAGAGCACAAGGGCAUGAUUAGAGAGGACUCCAUGAUGGAAUAUCUGAAAAUUGCUCAAGAUCUGGAGAUGUAUGGAGUCAACUACUUCAACAUCAAGAACAAGAAAGGAACUGAGCUGUGGCUUGGAGUGGACGCUUUGGGUCUGAACAUUUAUGAACAAACCGACAAAAUGACGCCUAAAAUUGGAUUUCCCUGGAGUGAAAUAAGAAAUAUUUCCUUCAACGACAAGAAGUUUGUUAUCAAACCGAUUGACAAAAAAGCUCCGGACUUUGUGUUCUACGCUCCCAGACUGCGGAUCAACAAACGCAUUUUGGCUCUGUGCAUGGGCAACCAUGAGCUCUACAUGCGCCGCCGUAAACCAGACACCAUCGAAGUUCAGCAGAUGAAGGCUCAGGCCCGGGAAGACAAGAACCACAAAAAGAUGGAGAGAGCUCUGUUAGAGAAUGAAAAGAGAAAAAGAGAGGUUGCUGAAAAGGAGAAGGAGAAGAUUGAAAAAGAAAAGGAAGAACUGAUGGAGAGACUAAGACAAAUUGAAGAGCAGACAAAGAAAGCCCAACAAGAGCUGGAGGAGCAGACUCAGAGAGCUCUGGAGCUGGAGCAGGAGAGGAAACGGGCCCAGGUGGAGGCUGAACGUCUGGAAAAUGAUCUCAAGAGCGCAGAGGAAGCCAAAAUGGCGCUGCUGCAGCAGUCAGAGAGUCAGAUGAAGAACCAGGAACAUCUGGCCACAGAGUUGGCUGAUCUGACCUCAAAGAUCUCCCUGCUGGAGGAUGCAAAGAAGAAAAAAGAAGAAGAGGCGGAGGAGUGGCAGCAGAAGGCAACCCUUGUGCAAGAGGACCUGGAGAAGACCAAAGAAGAGCUUAAGAACAAGGUGAUGGUCGCCCACGUGCAGGAACCCCUCAACGCAGAAAACGAACACGACGAGAACGACGAGAGCAGCGCCGAGGCCAGCGCCGAGUUCACAGGUGCUGUCACCUACAAGGACCGCAGCGAGGAGGAGCGAAUGACCGAGGCAGAGAAGAACGAACGCUUGCAGAAACACCUACUGGCCUUGAGCUCAGAGUUGGCCAAUGCUCGAGAUGAGACCAAGAAAACGGUGAACGACAUGAUCCACGCAGAGAACAUGAAAGCGGGACGCGACAAGUACAAGACCCUCCGACAGAUCCGGUCAGGAAACACCAAACAGCGCAUUGAUGAGUUCGAAUGCAUGUGAUGUGCACGUUCAAAGGCCCCCACACUGCCGGGACUGCAGUCCUGCCUCACUUUAGCUGUUUCUGCUCCUCCCAAACGAAUCCGACCCAUCGAGAUGCCGCUCAAGCACAUGCUCAGAUCUGGAAAAUUCCUUUUAAUUUUAACUUUUAGAAAAGUCAUUGGUAAAAAGGGACUCUUUUUUUUUUUUUGGUAGUCUAUUCCUCACAAGGGGGUUUAUGUAACAUCUUAGCAAAGAACUUCUAUAUCCAUUAUUGACAUCGAGCAAAGAUUUUUAUUUUGUUUUGUUUCCUCUACAAUUUUGUCACAGAUUUUCAUGCAAUUAUUCCAAAAUAAAAGCCUUGGAAACCGAUGUUUUACAGCUUGACAACUGGGCAGGAGACGACCUUCUGCCACACACUUGCAAAGGUUUCAGGACAUGCGUCUUCGCCCCAUGACGCUUCCAGAAAGUUUCAAAACCAACUGCACUGCAGCCUUCACGUACAAAAAAACCACAUACAGUAUACCUGUCAUAUUGUAUGAAAUGUACCCAUAUACAAAGCAGUAUUAUUGUUUCUUUUUCAGAUCUAGCAUUUUUUAUGUACUUUUUCAUUUGAUUGCGUUCACCCUCUGUUACAAGUAACAAAGUAUUUAACAAGCCACCUACAAUGUGACAUUAAAGGUUUCAUUUUUGUUUAGAUGUUUUGGUCCUCUAUUUUUUUUGGUCGUUUAUUUUUCUGUAUUAAGCUUGGAUUGUAUAGCCGAAGAUCAAAAGUGCACCCCGGGGAAAAAAAAGAAAAAAGAAAUACUACGAUUGUGGCAGAUUAUUCCUGUAGUUAGUCAGAAAUUUGAAAUUCAGAAAAUUAAUAAACAGAACAAUAAAGUUCUGCAAAGUUACUGUAAGUUUAAAUACGUUAUGCAGUUUUUGUUUUGUCAGUUUUUUAUUAGGGUAUGUUUAUGAAAUACUCAUGAAUUGUGGGUAAAGUCAUCUGUAAAGCAUAGAAGCUAGAGUUAUGUCUGCCAAGAUGCACAUUUUUCUUAUUUAAAGGGGGAAAUCAGAAACAUGCGCCCAACAGAGAAUCGGUUUUGACAUGGACUGGAAAAGAACAUUUACCUUUUUUUAAAAUGAUCCAAAACAUACAGUAACAACAGACUUUUCCCACUCCAUGAUUCUUUAAAGACAUUUGUACAUUUGAUUACAUUUGUGUAUGUUGCAGUUGGGAUUUCCAGAUGUUAAAUAUUUGUGAUUUAAAAAAAAAAAGUCACCUGCAAGUCUAUUUUUAUUUCAUAAACAUCACAAAGAUACAUGUUUUUUUCCAAAAGAAGCUCAGUGCUGGGAGAGCAACAGGAGAGGAAAGCAUGCAGCCGGGGUGAUCCGGACCGGAGAAAGUCAGCUAGUUCUGGAAACAUGAGCAGAAAUGUUUGGGCCACUAAAGAAUUCUGGGUAUAAAGUGAGAAAAAAGGCCUUCAUAACUGCAAUUCUCUUGUUUUUGACAUCGGGAAAUGUUCACAGUUUAAUACUUGAUGGUAAAUUUUGACAGUUUCAAAGAGUUUUUGCUAGUUAGUAGUAACAAAUAUCCCUGGAUAUUUUCUUUUUGAUGAAAAUAAUUUUUACAUAUUUGUACCUAGAUGGAUUUUUUUAUACAGCCUGAACUCUGCUGAUUAUACUUCUUGUAUCUGACAUGCAAUUUAAAACAAAUAAAUAAAGAAACUAAUAGUUUUUGCUGUUUGACAGCUUUUA